AGGGAGAGAUGAGAGAAGGGAAGAGUCUUGGAUUCUUCGUAUGGUCCUUGGGCGGCAACACAAACGACCCCAGAGUUGCUUGAAUUUACGGUUCAUGCCAGUCACCGAAAGAAAAAGUCUGUUGGAAGGUAAGGACAGGAAGAAGGAAGAGAAAAAAGGGAACUUGGGACUUCGAAUAGAGAGAGAGAGAGAGAGAAAAGUAAAACAGGUCUGCGCUUGCUGAGACGACGAAGACAACAACAACGACGAAGAAGAAGAAGAAGAACCAGAGUUUGGUUUCAUCAUCAACUUCGAUCCCCCCUCUGAUUAAGUAGGAGAAGUCGAAGCAGUUUCUUCCUGGUUUUUUUUUUUUGGUUGUAGUUGUCUGUUGAGCUGGGAGGAGUCGGAAGAUUCGGAAUUUUGAUUCUGUUUGAGAUUAGCAUACGAGUCUUUGGGAGAUUCAGAUCGGUGAAGGAAAGAGCGUUUCGUAUCCAUUGGAUUUUUUAUUUUAUUUUAUAUGUCUGGGUUCAGCUCAGUUUGUUUCAUUGGGAGCAUAAGGUGAAGAUUUUGGGGGGAGAAAUUAGAGAAGAUGUGGAUUGGAUAAACUAGAUUCGACUCAAAGAGAAUUUGUUUGUGUGGUUGUGAAUCUGCGAUGGAAGAGGUUGGUGCCCAAGUUGCUGCCCCAAUUUACCUCCGGCAAUCGCUUUCGAGUCGGUUCUGCGACGCGCCGGCGGCGGCGGCCAUGGGUAAGAAGAAGCGCGAUCUCCCUUACCAGACCCCCCCAAACUAUCAACACCCAAAUUCGCAGCAGAGGUUCGCAAACGCCGGGACCAACAGCUGGAACCCAAGCGUUUGGGGAUGGGACAGUAUGAGGUUUGUAGCCAAGCCACUGGACACUGAGAUGAUGGGUACUUCCAAUUCAGAGCCCAAGAGGAAGGAGGAAGCGGCUGCUGGAGUUGUGAAGAGCACCGCGGUGGUGGAGGAUGAUGAUGAACGCCUUCAGCUGAAUCUGGGUGGUGGGUUGGCUUCUGUGGAGGAGCCGGCGGCAUCCAGGCCGAAUAAGAGGGUCCGGUCCGGAUCUCCGGGGAAUAAUGGUGGAAGCUACCCCAUGUGCCAAGUUGAUGAUUGUAAAGAGGAUCUGUCAAGUGCCAAAGACUAUCAUCGCCGUCAUAAAGUCUGUGAGAGUCACAGUAAAUCCACCAAAGCCCUAGUUGCUAAGCAGAUGCAGAGGUUCUGCCAGCAGUGCAGCAGGUUUCACCCGCUUUCAGAGUUUGAUGAGGGGAAGAGAAGUUGCAGAAGGAGACUUGCGGGGCAUAACAGGCGAAGAAGGAAAACCCAGCCUGAGGAUGUUACCUCAAGGCUCACUAUCCCUGGAGAUGGGGAUAACAAAACUAGUGGAAAUUUGGAUAUUGUCAACUUGUUAGCUGCUAUAACUCGUCCGCAGGGGAAAAAUGAUGUCCGAACUACCAACGGCUCGUCGGUACUGGACAGAGAGCAGCUCCUUCAGAUUCUUAGUAAGAUAAAUUCAUUGCCUUUGCCAGUAGACCUUGCUGCCAAGUUGCCGAAUCUCGGAAAUUUAAAUUGGAAAGCUUCAGACCUGCUUUCUUUAGAUCUUCAAAACAAAUUGAACGGAAAAACAUCUGCGUCAACCAUGGACUUGAUUACUGUUCUUUCAGCUACUCUAGCAGCACCUUCUUCUGACACACUUGCUAUGUUAUCUCAAAAGAGCAGUCAGAGUAGUGACAGUGAGAAAACUAAGUUAACAUGCUCUGACCAGGUAGCUGGUCCUAAUUUGCAGAAGAGGCCUCCUCAAGAGUUUCAUUCAGCUGGGGGAGAGAGAAGUAGUACUAGCUACCAGUCUCCUACAGAAGAUUCAGACUGCCAGGUUCAAGAGACUCGAGUCAAAUUACCUUUACAGCUAUUCAGCUCCUCACCUGAGGAUGACAGUCCACCAAAACUGGCUUCUUCCAGAAAGUAUUUCUCUUCAGAUAGUAGUAAUCGCACAGAGGAGAGGUCUCCAUCAUCGUCACCUCCUGUAAUGCAAACACUGUUUCCAAUGAAGAGUAUGGCAGACACUGUCAAGUCGGAGAAACUUUCAAUAAGCAAAGAUUUGAAUGUGAACCUGGACUCUAGCAUGAACGGUGGUAGUAACUUGCCUUUUGAUCUUUUUAGAGGGCCAAAUAGAGGAGCUCUCAGCUCCUCCAUUCAAAAUUUUCCACACCAAGCUGGCUAUACAUCUUCUAGUUCUGAUCAUUCACCAUCUAGCUUGAAUUCUGAUCCUCAGGAUCGUACUGGAAGAAUACUGUUUAAACUAUUUGAUAAGGAUCCGAGUCAGUUACCAGGGACAUUGCGGACACAGGUAUACAGUUGGCUUUCUAACAGUCCAUCUGAAAUGGAGAGCUACAUAAGGCCUGGCUGUGUGGUCCUAUCAGUUUAUGUGUCAAUGUCAUUUGCGGCCUGGGAGCAUCUUGAAGAAAACCUGGUCCAACGUGUCAGUUCUUUAAUACAGAGUUCAGAUUCUGAUUUUUGGAGAAGUGGACGGUUUUUAGUAAAUACAGGGAGGCAAUUAGCUUCUCAUAAAGAUGGAAAGAUUCGUCUAUGCAAAGCCUGGACAACAUUCAGUUCACCAGAGUUAAUCUCUGUGUCCCCUUUGGCUGUCGUGGGCGGGCAAAAAACCUCUCUUUCAAUAAGGGGUAGAAAUCUGACUAAUCUUGGCACCAAGAUUCAUUGCACGUAUAUGGGUGGUUACACAUCAAGGGAAGUUGGAACAACAUAUCAUGGAACUGCGUAUGAUGAGAUAAAUUUGGGAAGCUUUCAAAUUCAUGAUGCAUCUCCCGGUGUUCUAGGUCGCUGUUUCAUAGAGGUGGAAAAUGGUUUCAAGGGAAACAGCUUUCCUGUGAUCAUAGCUGAUGCUACAAUCUGUAGCGAAUUGAAUCUCAUUGAGUCUGAGUUUGAUGGGGAGACAAAGGUAUGCAGUGCAAUUUCAGAAGAUGAAAAUCAUGAUUAUGGGCGGCCCAGGUCAAGGGAGGAAGUCCUUCACUUUCUGAACGAGCUAGGAUGGCUCUUCCAAAGGAAAAGGAUCUCUUCCAUGUUUCAAGGGUCCGGCUACUCUCUUAGCCGAUUCAAAUUUUUACUCACAUUCACUGUUGAGAGAGACUGUUGUACUUUGGUGAAAACACUUCUAGACAUAUUGGUAAAUUUCGAUGGGAAUGAGCUAUCAAGAGAGUCAUUGGGGAUGCUGUCAGAUGUCCAGCUGUUAAACCGGGCUGUAAAAAGGAGGUGCAGGAAGAUGAUUGACUUGCUUAUUAAUUAUUCUGUGAUUAGCAGUGACAAGAGAUACAUUUUUCCUCCAAAUCUUGCUGGACCUGGUGGCCUGACACCUCUUCAUUUGGCUGCUUCUUUGUCAAAUUCGGAGGAUAUGAUUGAUGCUUUGACGAAUGACCCAGAGGAGAUCGGAUUGAACUGCUGGCAUUCCCUUUUGGAUGGUAAUGGGCAGUCUCCAUAUGCUUAUGCUAUGAUGAGGAAUAAUUACUCUUACAACAAUCUGGUGGCUCGCAAACUUACUGACAGAAGAAAUAGUCAGGUUACCUUAACAAUUGGAAAUGAGAUAGAGCAAACCCAUAUGGCUAUGGCGCUGGAGCGAAGGACAAGUAUCCAAUUCAGACAAGGUAGCAGAUCAUGUGCCAAAUGCGCAGUUGCAGCAACAAAAUACACCAGGAGGGUUCCUGGUGCUCAAGGCUUGCUUCAGCGUCCAUUCAUUCAUUCUAUGCUUGCCAUAGCUGCUGUUUGUGUUUGUGUGUGCUUGUUCUUGAGAGGUUCCCCAGACAUUGGCUCAGUUGCUCCUUUCAAGUGGGAGAAUUUGGAUUUUGGCACAAUUUAGUCUUAAUAUGGUAAGAAACUAUGGAGUAAUGAACAUGUGAGUUUGGGAUGACGUGCAGUUUCCAGAGUAGCUUGCUUUCAGUGAUGCAGUUCUGGAAAAGGAAAAUAAUUUCAGCUAACAACCCAUUAAGGAGAAGGGAAACUUGACCUGAGAGCGGGAAAUUCUGGGACAGCAGAGGAAUUUGGUGUUCAGAUGCUGCGUGUUUCUCGGGGUCUGGGUAAUCUUUGGGAUAUGCUUUUCAUUUAGCUCAUUUGUGUUCGAAAAUAGGUAAAGUUGUCUGUCUUUUCAUCUUUGAAUGCGGAAACGCUUCCUCUUUGGAGAGCCGCUGAUGUAUAACAGUUGCUGGAUGAGAUGAAAUGAUCGAGAUUGGGCAGAUGGUGAAUGCAUCAUGGUAAGCAUGGAGAGAAUUGAAUGGAGAGAUACUGGAGAUCGACACGAAAGGAGAGAGCAAAGGUGAUAAAAAAGAAAAGAAAAGAAAGAAAAAAGCAGUUAUACCGUAAUUAGAGGUUUGACAUGGUUAAUGGUUAAUAUAUGGGCGGGUUUCCCUUCUAGAUUUCGUUGUAACUUGUGGUGAUAGAGUUUGAGUUAUUUGUGUACUGAUUUUGUCACUGUAGAGGAUGAUGGAUCACAGAAAUGACAAUUUCAUUGUAUUACUUAAGCAUAAGAUAUUUAAUUAAAGUGUUUUUAAGAUAA